CUGUCACAAUGACCUCAAAACGAGCCCAUCGUGCAGUUCUUCCGGGUUUCUAUUUAUGGAAAAGUUUGAACACAUCCACACCACAAGAAAUUUUCAGUUCAAGACAAUAAUUGGGUACAACGUCGACAAUGUAUCGAUCAGCCAGCACAAAUCGAGUCCCCGACGAUCACUACAGCUACUAUGCUUCGUCGCCCUCAUCAAAGGUGCCGACGGCACUGAAGGCGCUGUCGCAGCGGGACAGUGAGCUGCCCAUGUACGAGCCCCUGUCGGAGGCGGCUAAGAAGGAAAAAUCGCGCGCCAGGUUUGCGGAGAAUGCGGUUCACAUCAUACCAUUGGUGCUGCUCUUUUGUGGUUUCAUUCUCUGGUUUUUUUCCAAUCCGGAUGUAGAUUUGAAGGGGAGUUCCAUAGGAGCAAAGGUUGAAGGAAUGGGAAUUGAUGGAGAUCUUGAUAGUGAUGGGACAGGACAUUUGCCUGUGGAAUUGGGGGAUUUGGAUCCCUCAAAGAUAGGAGAUGGCAAGACCAUAUUUUCACAAAACAAGUCAUAAUGAAACUUUUGUUUUUUCUUUUUCUUUUUUUGAAAUUUAACAGUCAAUUGAAAAAUUCCAGGUGGAAUUUUUGUUUUGGCGCUCGCUACGUAACAGAUUUGAUGGGAUUGUAAUAGAUUACUAGGUGGAGUUUUGUUUUUUCAAUUAAAUUUCGUACACGUUUUAUCACA